CAACCUUGUCUGUCCUUCUCUUGCUCACCGAGACGCUUCUCCACCUCGCUGAAUCCAUCGAUCGAUUGAAAGCAUGGCCGGGUCUGGUACACUGAAUGACGUUGUUACCGAAAGGGUGUUGGCGGAAUGGAGAGACCCAAAGACUUCUGAGGUCUGCACACUUGGAUCUGUGUCGCAUGUCAACAAGCAGGAUACUAUGUUCACACUUAAAGUCAGCUUGGAUGCGGAGCAGGCCUUCGUUCGGUUCUCUUUGGUGGUCUCCGUCAAAGUUGCUCGUAGGCCUCGCGACAGGGAGCUGCUGUAUGUACUUCCACUGCAAUCAUUCGCUCCGGAAGGUCUUGCGCAUGAAGUCCUUAGUGUUUCGACCAUCACCGCUCCAGUCAUAGCCUCCGCGAUCAAAGAAGUCGGUAUCUGCGACUCGGACAGUAUUAUUCGUCUUUGCUUCAAGCUCAAGGAGCCCGGAUAUCUUUUGAUGCCUACAACUACAGCCAAGACCAUCGUUCCGAGCACCGCAACGUCCGGCGAUCUCAUCGAGGGCCUGAGGACUCUCUCGGAGGCCCGCGAAUUUGCCGUCUAUGUGAAAUCAAGUGGGUAUGCGCGACAAGGCUUGAAGACAGUUUGUGAGCGGUUGCCAUCCCUGAGGCAGUUUCCAGUAGAUUUCACUGGUCUGUAUGGGAGAAGAGACGCGGUAAUAAUCAACUGGGAUGCCUUUCGACUGAAUAAGCCUCGUGCACAUGUACAGUCGGAUGGUUCUCAAGCCCAUUCUCCACCACCUUACGAGCCGAAAGACACAGUGCUUGUCCCACGAACUCCCGAUGACGCUCAUCCACCACUUCGCAAUUCGCCAGACAACAACAUCUCCGCACAUGUAUCUGAGACGUCCGUGGAAGGCGCUGCUGAAACUGAAGCCGAUCACGAUGCGAUGGAUCGCUCCGACUUUGAAGCUCACCAGCCUGACGCUACUGAAAAUGGGCAAGGCGAAGUUUUGCAAACGGGGGAAUCGCAAGUGGAUGCCCCGUUAAGUCCCUCAGCGGAAACACAACACGACCUCCGCUCCCGGAAACGCAAACAUGAGCUCGUCUUCAACAGCCCUGGUGAAGGUCCUUCCACGCGCCGGGCUGUCACCAUCCAUUUCGAGGAAGCUGGACAGGAAGAACAUCCUCAGCAAUACACACCCGACGCCGACAUACCCGUCUCGGACCUCAGUCCCGCCCGCGCUUCCCCGCCAGCCAGCAACCAGCGCAAUGCCCCUUUCGCACUCGAUGCCUUCGCCCAGCACCUCUCUCCACACAGCCCAGCCUCUUCCAACGCAAGCGAAAGCCCCAACCUAACGCGCACGCGCCUUUCGUUCGAACUCACCGAGUGGACCGCCCACGCCCUCGCCUUCAACCGCAACGUCUACAAGCACACGCGCCUGACGCCGCACCUGCACGCCAUGGGGCGCGCCGCGCGCGAAGCCGAUGCCGCGGGCUUCUACGCCGCGCUAGCACGGUGCGCUGCGCGCUUCUCGUAUGAUCCGCUCGAUGAUUGCGGCGAUGAGGAUGCUGACGCGGUAACUGAUAUCGAGGACUUACUGAGUUGGGUGAUGGAGCUUGAUCGCUUUGCGGCGGUUUUGAUGAUGCCGGAGUUUGUGGAGUUGGGGAGGUGUGCGAGGGAGGCGAGGGAGGGUGAGGGUGAUGGCGAGGGAUUCUUCUCUGCGGAGUAUUGGCGCCAGAAGGCGGUUUGUGUGGGGUACGCUUUGAGGAUGUAUGGGGAUAAAGAGAUGGGAUGGUGAGACAUAUCAAGGACGGUGGCUGGUCGCAUGAUCUUUUUACUUCUGAUUCGCUACUCGUAUUUGGGCUGACAGCAUUGAUAUGCAUGUUCCGUAUGUGCGUCAAGCGCCUAUGCGAUGUGAUCAUCUGCACAUGCGCUUGUGCGACAAAUGACGUGCCGCCGGCGGAGUCAUUGAAGAUGCUGUGGUCGCGCUCCUCAUUCUACUGC